GAUAGACGAUUUCUCCGACGCCUUUAUCUUAUUUUAACUAAGGUAGUCUUCUCGUCAUGGCUUACAUCUACCUCCUUUCUACUUUUUCUGCUCUUAGGGGCUUCUAUAAUUGAGGAAUGGAUCAUCUACCAAGUUGGAUUGAUACCGAGUCAUUUCUAUACUGUGUUGACUGAAAGAGAUGCGAACGGUUUCUAUCGACUGAUAUGGAUCUCCGUAGUGUAUAUAAUUACUACAGCCACGGCUAAGGGUGCGAGGAUUUAUGUUUCACAAGUGCUAUACGUCACCAGUCGUCGAAUUUUAAGCUUGCAGUUACACAAGAAAUAUUUUGACGAUGAUUCUUAUUAUCAACUACAUUUUCUGCAUCCUGAAAUUGAUAAUCCCGAUCAACGUAUAAGUCAAGAUGUAGACCGAUUUUGUCAAAAAAUGAGCACCAUCAUUCCGAAGAUUAUUGUUUCCGUAUUUGUCAUCUCUUAUUACACGUAUCAAACAUACGUUAGUGCUGGAUAUACUGGACCUGUAUCAAUCUACACAUAUUUUAUCGCUUGCGCAAUCAUCAAUCGUUUCAUUAUCGCGAGAUUAGUAAAAAUAAUUGUAUUACAGGAGCAAUGUGAAGGCGACUUCAGAUACAGACAUAUGCUUAUCAGAUCAAAUGCUGAAUGUAUCGCAUUUAGCCAUGGAGGUUACACAGAAGGUGUAAAAACUAAUAGCAAAUUGCAGAAUCUGCUAGCUACGCAAUAUAAAUUAGUGAAUAAAGAAUUAAUACUUCACCUUUUUGUCAACCUGUUCGACUAUCUUGGAUCUAUCAUGAGCUACAUGAUCAUAGGGUUUCCCAUCAUUAAUGGAAUGUAUGAUGGCGUGUCUGAUAUUAGUAGCAUAAUUAGUAAGAAUUCGUUUUUUUCGUUGUAUUUAAUAAAUUCCUUUUCGCAAUUGAUGGAUUUAUCAGCCGGUUUAUCUGAUUUAGCUGGAUACACUCAUCGCCUAUCUAACAACUCAGAAUUGGAAUCCCUUAGCCUUAAUUGUAACAAUUUACAACCUGAAACGAGAAUAUCUGAAGAUAUUCAUAUCGGUACUAAUGAUGAAUCUUUAACUGCAUUCUUUAUUAAAAGAAUCAGCUACGUUGCACCUGGAGGCACCAACUACUUAGUAGAAGAUUUAAAUCUACAAAUUAAAGUGGGUGAAAAUCUCCUUAUUAAUGGUGACACUGGAACGGGUAAAAGUUCGCUAUUGAGAAUUCUCGCGGGGUUAUGGCUUCCUUCAAAAGGAUCUAUAAUUCGCAAUCCUUUUUAUAAUAUCAUGUUCGUACCUCAGAGAGCUUAUCUGACAGAUGGUAGUCUUAGACAACAAAUUAUGUAUCCGUUGAAUGAUAUUUCCAAUGUACCAUCAUUAAUUGAUGAAUCGAGAUUUUUAAGUGCUUUGGAUCUAACCGGUUUGUAUCAUAUCGUGGAACGUACCGGUGGUUUGGAUUCAUUACCUUCUGCUAAUUGGCUUGAAAUAUUAUCUCCAGGAGAAGUUCAACGUUUGAUGUUUGCUAGACUUUUUUAUCAUCAACCAUCUAUAGCAAUUGUAGAUGAAGCGACCAGUGCAUUAGAUAUAGAGACGGAAUCUCAGCUCUAUGAAACUUGCAGGCAGUUAAACAUUACCAUGAUUAGUGUUGGUCAUCGAUCAAACCUUAAUAAGUUUCAUUCUCGUCGGUUAAAACUGGAUGAAAGUGGUUCGUGGACUGUUGAAGAUAUUUCACAAACUGUUGUUGAAUAA